AUGGGGAGAGAAAACAUACUAACCUUUGCUAUGCUGUGUGUCUUCCAUGAUUGGACUCUGGGUGUGGAAUCAAAGAUGAUUCAUCCCCGACUGAAUCGUCGCAAUCCCGACCCAAUACACCUUGACAUGGCCCCUGACUCUAUCGAUGACUCCUAUGAGGGCUGCAGGGAGAAUAUGCUCUGUGAGGUGACAACCAACUUCCUACCAAAGGAGAAAGAUAAUGACAGCAAAUUCAAAGGCGCUUGGGAAGAUGCUAUGAAGGUGUAUGACAACAACUAUAAAUCUAACAUUAAACAUCUGUCUAUUGACCAUUUAAGGGCAAUUCAUGUGUAUGUGAAUACAGGAACGAGCAUUUUCGAGUCAUUCAAUGAGGCCACUCGUACCCUAGGGAGGAGCUACAAGACCGAUUACAAGUAUCACUCCUUGCAUUUCCUGUUGUCUGAUGCCUUACGUAUUCUUAAUAAAGCCCAGAGAAAAAAGUGUGUAAAAACCUUUCGUGGAGCCAAUCUAGCUUUCGAAGGGGAAAAAAAUGACAUAAUGCGAUUUGGCCAAUUUACUUCAUCAACUACAGACGAGUCUGUGGCUAAAGUGUUUGCAAAUGGGAAGACAUGUUUUAAGAUCAAUACCUGUUUUGGUGCUUCCCUGGCAGGUUUAUCUCAAGUGAAUGAUGAACAAGAGGUGUUGAUUCCCCCAUAUGAGGUUUUCAUAAUUGCUGAGGUGACCAAGAAAAAUGUAUUGGAUAAGAGUGAAUGUGAGAUUGUCUAUAAACUAGAGAGCACAAAAACAACCAAAAGUGACUUGAAUUGCCAUAUUGUCGAAAAUGACAAAAAAGAUAAAAAAAUGUGUAACACCAUGUAA